ACAGAAACAAGCAGGAGUACAAAAGCUUUCCAUUUCACAGAAAAACCUUUGAUCUGUGGCUGGACUAUUCUUAGUGUGGAGGGAGCUGUGUGUGAGAGGUCAGAGCCCCUUUACUGGAGGUCGGAGGUAAUUAACAGGGAGCCAGGAUGGGCUGCCUCUCAACAUGGACCUUUCUUCUGUUGGGAAUUACAAGCACAUUUUCUCAAGGGACAUGGAGAAGCAUCAUGGGGACAUCAUGGAGACCAAACCCAGCUGUGUACCAUAAUGAAGAUAAUUACGAGUGGACCACAUGGUUCAAUGUAGAUCACCCUGGAGGGAAAGGAGACUAUGAGAAGCUGAAUGCCAUUCGUUUUUAUUAUCGAGCCCGUGUCUGUGAGGUUCCUCAAGCUCUAGAGGCACGCACUACCGAGUGGAUCCCAGCUCGCAGCACUGGGGAAAGAGUACAUGCUGACCCAGCUGUGGGCUUCUGGUGUAUCAAUGAUGAACAGCCUGUUGGGAGAAACUGCUCAAACUAUGCUAUACGUUUCCUGUGUCCUAAAGAAAUUGUUUCAGAUGUUGAAGAAGUGAUAUGGGGUCCAUGGUCAGACUGGAGUCUGUGUCCAGCUCAGUGUGAUCAGGCUGCAAUACAGCAUCGCUCUAGAAGCUGCAAAUCCAGUUCCAAACAAUGCAAUGGCCAAACUGUCGAGGCCAGGUCAUGCCAAGGGCCACCUUGUCCACGCUGUGAUCUGCAGUGUGUGAUGGGCAAGGUAAACGAUGAGUGCAAUGGCUGCAUGUGCCAGGAUCAUACAGUUUUAGGAUCAGUCCGUAGUGCUGGGGGUCUCCCUGCACCUGGAGCUGCCAUCCUCCGUGCUGGUUCCAGGCCCAAACUCCUUACUGUAACUGAUCACAAUGGCCAUUUUCAGGUCCCUGGAAUCUGCCCUGAUGGCAACACGAUGCUAAUGAUCAAGCUGAAACACCACGCUCCACACCAAGUCACUGUGCCCCCAAGCCCUGAACGCACCUCCGUUCUCCUUUUGAAGCUAGAGAGAGCAAAAAAACUGUAUGUGUUGAAAAACCCUGAGAACAAGGCCAGAAGGGAAGGUCAGACAGCUGCCUUCUGUUGUAAGGUUGAUGGCACACCUGAACCAAACCAGUAUGAAUGGUUCCACAACGGUACUCUGCUGGACAGGAGUCAAUAUCAGUAUGACGAGACACUGGUUUUGAUUAAUCUCAGUUUGGACCAUAUAGGACAAUACUACUGCAGAGCCAGUAAUGAGAACGGAGCCAUCAAAUCUAAGCCAGCCACCCUGACAGUUAUUGGUCUAAAAGCACCAUCAUGCAACCCUAAGCCUGAUUCCCAUCUGAUCCGACUACCACAUGACUGCUUUCAAAACGAGACUAACUCUUUCUACUACGAUGUUGGGAGAUGCCCGACCUCUAUGUGUACAGGGAAGCUGGAUAGCGGCAUCAGAUGCAAAGACUCAGUUUCCUACUGCUGUGGAAUUUCAAACAUGGAGGAGAAAGAGAUUACAUGUCAGGGAUAUCAGUUGCCCAUCAUGAUAGUGACUCAGUGUGGCUGUAAAACAUGUGUGGACACAAAGGCUAUCGUUCGUGGAUGUGCUAUCGCAGCAGACACUGGUGAGCCCAUGAGGUUUGGACACAUCUACAUGGAUGGCACAAGAAUAAGUCGAACUGGAUACAAAGGCACAUUCUCUAUCCAGGUACCAACAAACACAGAACGUCUGGUUCUCACCUUUGUGGACAACAUUGAGAAGUUUGUGAAUACCACAAAAGUGCUACCAUUCAAUCCUAGAGGUGGAGCUGUGUUCCACGAGAUCAAACUGUUGAGGAAAAAGCCAGCUGUGAUUAUUAGCUCACGAGAGACUAAUAAGCUAGAUCUUGGUGAGGUAGAAGGCCAGGAUCCCAUUGCUGAGAUUGAGAUCCCACCUAAUGCAUUCUAUAAAGAAAAUGGAGAGGUGUUCAUGGGAAAUGUCAAGGCCAGCGUGACUUUCCUUGACCCCAGGGAUGUAUCAACAGCAGCGGCUGCCCAAAGUGAUCUUAACUUCAUUGGUGAAGAAGGUGACACUUUGCCUUUGAGGACCUAUGGAAUGUUCUCUGUGGACUUCAGGGAUGAAGAAGGAGGCGAGUCGCUCAAUGCCGGAGAGGUGAAAGUGCGUCUCGAUGCAGCACAAGUGAAGAUGCCUGAGCACUUGAAGACAAUGAAAUUAUGGUCCCUUAAUCCUGAUACAGGUUUGUGGGAGGAGGAGGGCCAGUUCCAUGCUGAGAAGAAGCAACGGGGGAAAAGAGAGGAGAGAACCUUCCUCAUAGGUAACAUGGAAAUACGUGAGAGACGGCUGUUUAACUUGGAUGUACCUGAGAACAGGAGAUGUUAUGUGAAAGUGCGGGCUUUCCGUAGUGAACGGUACAUGCCUAGUGAGCAAACCGAAGGAGUCGUGAUGACUUUAAUAAAUAUGGAGCCCACGCCAAGGUAUUCAACCAACCCUCGGGCUUGGGGUAGAUUUGAUAGUGUCAUCACUGGCCCAAAUGGUGCAUGUCUUCCAGCUUUCUGUGAUGAACAGAAAUCAGAUGCAUAUUCGGCCUACGUCAUGGCCAACCUUGGGGGAGAAGAGCUAGAGGCAGUAGCAUCCUCUCCCAAGUUGAAUCCUAACACCAUUGGCGUCCCGCAACCCUAUUUGAAUAAACUUAACUACAGACGCACUGACCAUGAUGAUCCCAGAAUAAAAAAGACAGCGUUCAGCAUCAAUGUGGCCAAACCCCGUUCGAACACAGCUGAGGAGGCCAAUGGUCCAGUUUAUCCAUUUGACAAACUUAAAGAGUGUGAGGAGGCUCCAUUCAGUGCAGCUCACUUCCGUUUCUCAAGAGUUGAAGGAGAUCGAUAUGAUUACAACACAGUGCCUUUUAAUGAGGAUGAUCCCAUGAGCUGGACUGAAGACUACUUGAGUUGGUGGCCAAAACCCAUGGAAUACAGGGCCUGCUACAUUAAAGUAAAACUCAACAGUGCCCAUGAGCUCAACGUUCGGUCUCGCAAUAUGGGAGGUACCCAUCCAAAAACCGUUGGCCAACUGUAUGGCAUUCGUGACACCAGAAGCAUCCGAGACAUGGACCAAUCAACUGUUUCAGCAGUGUGUCUGGAGUUUAAGUGCAGUGGGAUGCUGUAUGAUCAAGACCGAGUGGAUCGGACCCUUGUGAAAGUAAUGCCUCAGGGCAGCUGCAAGGGAGACAGUGUAAACAGCAUGCUACAGGAAUACUUGGUGAAUCAUCUUCCACUUGCUGUCAACAAUGACACCAAUGAGUUCACCAUGCUUGCACCUCUAGACCCACUGGGCCACAACUACGGUAUAUAUACAGUGACUGACCAAAAUCCUCGGACAGCCAAAGAAAUUGCACUUGGACGUUGCUUUGAUGGUACAUCAGAUGGCACUUCUCGAGUCAUGAAGAGCAAUGAAGGAGUGGCAUUAACAUUCACCUGUGGUGAUAAAGAGGUCACUAGGCAGAGUAUGUUCCAGCAGAUACAGAACUCACUGGGUCAGGCCACAGCUGGAAGUGCAAGGCCGGGAAGAGGAAACCGGAGGCAGAGAGGUGGCUCAACAGCACCUCGCAGUAGUAGGAGGAGUACUCGUAAUUCCUACACGCGUGCCCAGACCAUUGGUUGAUAUUCCAAGAACUUAAAAACUCUACAUGAGACAAGACAGACCCAUACCCUAUGGGGGCUGCUCUUAUGUGAGUUUGUUUCAUUCAGAGUUACUGGAUUUAAGCCAUUUUAAAACUUGACAGCAUUUCAGUUGUAUUUGAACAUGGCUGGGGCAAAGUCCCACAGCAAUUUAGUAUUGCUGAUAACAUCAACUGGCAAAAAAUACUAGAUUUCAUGAAUUGCAAAUCAAAUUAAUAUUAGAGCGAAGAAAAGCCUACCAAAACCUAACUAAAAUUACCAUAUUUUUUAAAACAGCAACUCAAGAGGAAUGCAUGCUUCAUGUAAUUUUUCAUUUAUGUUUUCUAUUGACUUGUACUGUGGUAAAUAUUUUACUACUUGAAACUGUAAAUAUUUGAAUAUUUAUUGCAUACUUCAGAGUAUCAAAAACAAAGCAGAACAGGGGUUCUGAACUCUGGCCCUCGAGGUCCAGUGUCCUGCAGAGUUUAGGUCCGACCCUAAUCAAACACACCUGCCUGUGGCUUUCUAGUGAUCCUAAAGACCUUGAUGAGCUUGUUCAUGUGAGUUUGAUUAGGGUUGGAGCUAAACUCUGCAGGAAAGUGGACCUCGAGAGCCAGAGUUCAGAACCCUUGCAGUAGAACAUCACAUUUCCACCCAAACAAACACGCAUGCCAUUUAUCACUCAAUUAGAAAAACUCUGAAGUUGUCCAAACCCUUUACAAAAAUACCAAGUGAUAAUUUAGUCCAAUGAUUUUAUUAAAUUAGACUUU